CAGCAACCCCAGUCUGGCCCCGCCAGGUCGGAGGCGACUCUUGAUGGGGGAUCCUCGCGAGGUCAACGUUCUUCAGCCAACUCGGCUGUCUUCCUUACCAAGCUCCUUGCGUUCUCUGUCGCAAAUGAGCUGAAGUUGGGCCAAAGCAGCCUCGGCUGAUUCGAUUGCCGCGAUGGACGGAAAACGGUGAUUGAUAUUGACUCAGCUGUUGGACUGACGGCUGCCAUCGCAACUCACGUAUAAGUAGCGCAGCGUCCCUCGUCCCAUCUUGGCUUUAUGUUAACGAAUCUUCACAGUAAUUCGACGCCAACGUAGCAUCUGCCCAACGAACAAGCUUUCCUGCCAAAAUCACUAGUGCAGAGCGCUUGUUUUCAAUUCAGCAAACAUGGUCUAUUCACCCGUCGUCGCACUAGGUUUUCUGGGCGCCCUGCAGGGCAGGAGCGAGGUCUAUUCCCGACAGACGAACGCGACGGGCUGUGCGACGGGCGUGCAUAUGAUUGUGGCCCGGGCCAGCACUGAGCAACCGGGCACGGGAGUCAUUGGCGCGAUCGCGAACAACAUCCAGUCGCAGGUACCGGGAUCCGAUAUCGUCCCGGUCGAUUAUCCUGCGCUGCUGAAUCCCUAUCAGCCGUCGCAGAAGGCUGGUGUCACGGCGAUGACCAAGCUGGUUCAGGACUACGCGAAGGCAUGCCCCCAGACGAAGAUGGUUCUCAUGGGAUACUCGCAAGGUGCUCACGUCACUGCCGAUGUUCUUUGCGGCACAAGCGAGACUGGGUUUGAGGCAACAGAGCCCCAGGCCACUGACAUUACGGACAAGAUUGCCGCCGUCGUCCUCAUGGGCGACCCAAGCCACGUGACCGGGCAGCCCUUCGACCAAGGAACCAGCCAGAAAGACGGUAUCUUUCCAAGAACGAAGAUGGCCGGGUGCGACGCCGUCUCGAGCAAGAUGGCUUCCUUCUGCAACAGCGGCGACCCAUUCUGCGACAGUGGUGCCGACAUCCAGGUUCAUCUGAGCUACGUCCAGUCGGACGGGGACGCAGCCACAAAGUUCAUCAUGUCCAAGGUCGGCGGCGGCGCUGCGGCAUGACUGGGGGAAAGCACGGCUGCGAGCCAGUCUGCCAGCCUGGUCUUCGUACUGUACAUGACUCUGCUGGCACAGAUUGUUGGUUUCUUGAUCUGAAGAAGGAGGGCUUUGAUAUGAUUGCUUCGUGGGCUAGGCAACGGUAGAUACCGGGGUUUCCUGAUACAUAAGUUUGGAUUAGUUGAAGCAUAGUUAGCGUACAAGAACAUGUUCAC